AUGAAUACGGAUAGUUUACGAAAAUAUGGCAAAGAAAUGAUUAAUAUAGUUGCGGAUUACUGGGAAAAUUUACGAAAAUUUCGACCAGUGUCUUUAAUAUCACCAGGUUUUAUAAACGAAAUGGUACCAGCAGAUCCGCCAAAUUCACCAGAACCAUGGGAGGAGAUAUUCAGCGACGUUGAAUCGAUAGUCUUGCAAAAAAAUACUCAUUGGCAACAUCCGAAUUUCUAUGCAUAUUAUCCUACAGGAUGUUCAUAUCACUCAAUCAUGGCUGACAUAUUGAGUGAUGGUCUUGCUUCUAUUGGAUUUACAUGGAAAUCAUCUCCACCGAUGACUGAACUUGAGUUAGAAAUGAUGAAUUGGUUGGCGAAAGCUUUUGGCAUACCAGAAGAUUUCCUGAGCUCUCAAAACAGUCCAGGUGGUGGAAUAAUUCAAAAUACCGCAAGCGAUGCAACUUUUAUAGCUAUUCUAGCUGCAAGAGGAAAAGCUGUGGAAAAAAUGAAAGGAAUUGACGCAAACGCAGUAUCAAUUCGAUCAUUGACCAGAGGCCUUUUAAGUACUAUUUCGCAUAAGAUUGGCUCAAAGAAUAGUAAGGCUAAUAAUAGGACGCAACCUCCUUAUUUCCACGAUCCCAACGUGAUUAGCCUUCUUAUUGCAUAUACAUCUGAUCAGGUUAUUUUAUAA